AUGUCGUUCAUUACUGAUAUUCGAGUCGUCGCCACCGUGUUUCCUGGGAUCGCUUUUAUAUUGACUUUGCUUCGACUAUAUUACCGAUGGUCAAGAAAACAUCUAGGCUAUGAUGACGCUUGGGCGGCCUUCGCUCUCUGCUCAGUGUUUUUCAUGACUGGAGGAGCGUGGCUACACUCGGGGCGGACGCAAUCGAGAUACCACAAGAUCAUCGGUUAUUAUUUUGUCAAUGUAUCAUUUACCUGUGUAUUGUGGUCGGCACGCAUGAGCAUUCUGGCUUCAAUCUUGAGGAUCAUUCCCCAUAUGCUAGUUUUGCGUCGUUAUGCCUAUGCAGGCUCGUUCUUAUUCUUAGCGAUGUGGGCCGCCAACAUUAUACAAAAGGUGUACAUCUGCGAACAUCACACCGCGUGGAAGAGGCUACCUGGAGUGCAAUGUGUCUUGGGAAAUUCUGUAGGCGCUGUGGAAUUAGCGACGGAUAUAACUGCGGACAUUAUAUUGGUCGCGCUCCCGCUACACUUGUUGUGGGGCAUUGGAAUAACAUCACCACGACGCAAACUGCUCAUUACGAUCUUUUCCGCCAGUAUGAUUACCACCAUCGUCAGCAUCGUCCACGCAGGCUACGUCUUCAGCCCCAUCCGUAACGGCGAGGCCAUCGCAGCUCACCUUGAGGCGUCCGUCUCGCUCAUCGUCUGCAACCUCGCGGUGCUCGUGACCUGGCUCGUGCGUGCACUCCGGCCGAACGAGGACCUCGACGAGGUGCGGGGGAUCUCGGACGACUCGCGACGCCUCUCGGGGCUGCGGCGAAGUCAGCUUUCAACGCUGCGCUUCGUGCGCGACCCGCCCAUCGUGCUCGUGACGAUGGAGCAGCACUCCGACCCCACAAGGACUGGCGAGUCCACCGUCAAGUCGAGUGUGUCGUCCGGAAUGUUUCCCGUGCAGGAUAAAAGCGGAGUCUUCGAUGGGAAGGUCUUUGAAGAGACGGACAAGGAGAAGAUCGGCGAGCAGGCGUUGCCCUGA